UAGUCAACAAUGGAUUAUGACGUCCGCCCACUGCAUAUAUUGCGAUGCCACCCAGUUCAAUUGUCCGGCAUAUGUUUAUGCCUAUCUGGGCUAUGAAUCGGGUGAUGCUAUUGCCAACGACACGGGCAAACCGUACGCCCGGCGCUAUAUAUCACGCGAACUGUACGAGUAUCCAGACUUUUGGUAUGGCAGUGACAUCGGUAGGUAUGAUCUGGCACUGAUACGACUGACAAAAUCUAUUGAUUUCGGUGAUCGCCAACUGGUCAAUUCGGUUUGUAUGCCCGAAGCCAAUAUACACGAAAACGGCGAUGAGCUGGCAAUGACCAGCGGUUGGGGACCAAUUUCAUCAAACGGUACAAAUCCCGAUACGGGACAUAUCAUGGGUUUUAUGCGUAUUGUUAUGGAUUCGACACUAUAUCGGGAACCAAAUUGGACAGAAUUUGAAUACAUGUCUGUACUGCCAACCAAAAGAUAUCAUGAACAGGGAACUGAUAUUUGUGUCGGUGAUUCUGGCGGGCCAUUAGUACAGUAUGUUAAUGGAAGGGCUGUCCUGUUGGGCGUAUUUUCGGGUUUUAAUAAAGAUAUUGAUGGAGAGUGCGGUUAUAACAAUCCCGAUUUAAAUACAUAUUGGGCACGAGAUACCAAAACAUUAUGGUACACAACUAGACCCUAUCCGAGCUCAUGUAUGCUAAACACUUGGUUUGUAUGGGUUCCCUGUAUUGUUUUGUGGUUAGGUUUUAUACUGAAUCUAAUACAGUGGAUAUGCAGGACUAGUAACAAAUACACUGUUAUUAAAUGGAACUAUUAUAAUAUCAGCAGAUUAGGCCUAACCGUUGUCAGCACUGGUAUCCUAUUAGUGGAACUGAUACUAAGCUUAUGUCGCAAAUAUCAAUGGUCGGACAGUCCGAGUACGGCAUAUAUUAUAGCCAUUGCCGUACAGAUUAUUACCAGACUAGCGCUAUGUAUUGUAUUUUAUUUGUACAUAUUGUCUGGUAUUACAACAAAUGGUUUUGUAUGGAUAUAUCUAUUGGCGGACACGGUUUUAGGUGCUCUCUCUGUGGCCACAUAUGCCACACAAGAUUACCUACAAAACUAUGAAUUUAUAUUAUAUUGUAUUAACUACUCGAUUACUGUACUAUUAUUAAUCUACUGUACGUUUGCCGACAAACAGUUGUCCGCAGAUUGCAAUAAAAUCGAUGCGUUUGGCAAACACACUGUUUGUCCCAAACAGUGGGCAUCGUUUCCGUCGCAAAUAACCUAUCACUGGGCGAACAGUAUGUUUUGGAAAGGCUGGCAAAAGUCACUAAUAUUUGACGAUCUCUGGUCACUGCGUCCGACCGAUAAUAUCAAUGCACCCCAAUGGCAUGGAUAUAUUUUUACUGUUUUAUUAAUGUCGAUAAAUGUUUUAGCUAGUUUAUUUAAUGCAUAUUAUUCUCAAAAUAUUAGUUCAAUAGCCUUAAAUAUAAAGUCAGGCCUACAAUCAGCCGUCUAUCGUAAGUCAAUGGUGUUGAGCAAUGAGUCCAAACGGCACACACCUAAUGGUGAGAUCAUGAAUCUGAUGGCUAUUGACUGUCAACAAGUAAACGACAAUUUUCAAAAUAUUGGUUACAUACUGUCGGCACCGUUACAGAUUGCUAUUGCAAUAUAUUUAUUGUAUACCGAGUUAGGUGUGGCCGCAUUAAUCGGUGUAUCAGUAUUUGCCAUUAUUUUACCAAUUGAUCUGCUAGUUAUAAUAGCAUUUACCAAUUAUCAAAUAAAAACAUUACAACAAACUGAUAGUAGACUGGCCAUAUUGAAUGAAAUUAUUACUGGAAUUAAAGUGCUUAAGUUAUAUGCAUGGGAACAGUCGUUUAUGGAAAGGGUAACAAAGAUUCGCCAAAAAGAGUUAUUAUUUUUAAAAAAUGGAUUUCAUUGUGUAUCGAUUUUUGUUAUAAUGCUAUUGACCAGUCCAUCAUUUGCACAACUGAUCUCAUUUGGUUCAUAUAUUGGACUCAAUAUCAGUGGAGGACAGUUAACACCGGAGAUAUUGUUUGUGUCGAUAUCGUUAUUUUCAUUGAUCAAGGAUGCAGUCAUUAUGUUACCCGUAAGCUUUUAUACACUGUCAAUGAAAAAUAGCAAUACAUUGAAUAAAAUUGAUUUGAACGUAACGGAUGGUCAGUUUGUGGCUAUUAUUGGCGGUGUCGGCUCCGGUAAAAGUUCGCUAAUAUCGGCCCUAUUUGGCGAUAUGAAUCUCAUUCAGGGAUCGGUCAACAUUAGACAGGAUGUUAGCGUAGCCUAUGUUCCCCAACAGGCGUGGAUACAGAAUACAACUGUCAAACAAAAUAUACUGUUUGACAAACAACUGGACAGCAAACUGUACGACCGGGUGAUUGAUAACUGUGCGCUCGGACAGGACCUGCAACAGCUUCCCGCAGGAGAUCAGACAGAGAUCGGCGAAAAGGGUGUGAAUCUGAGCGGCGGUCAAAAACAGAGAGUCAGUUUGGCCAGAGCUGUCUAUUCCGGUGCCGACCUAUAUUUACUCGACGAUCCACUAUCUGCUGUGGACAGUCAUGUGGGCAAACAUAUCGUCACUAACGUAUUAGACUCGCGAACCGGUAUUUUGCGCAACAAAACUCGUAUUUUGGUUACCAACCAGUUGUUUGUAUUACCCGAUGUCGAUAGCAUUGUUGUCCUCAAGGAUGGCUCAGUGGUCGCCGUCGGUACCUAUGAACAGCUGUUACGUGAAAACAAAUAUUUUAUGCAAUUAAUUAAACAAUAUUUAUCGGACACAAACAACACUGAUAUUACUGAUGAUGACGAUAAUGAUAGCGAUUACAAUUUACCGGAAAUUUGUCGAAAAAUUUAUUUAAGAUAUAUUCUAUCAAUUGGUUCACUAUUUUUUAUUAUAUAUAUGACAACCCUAUUAUUGACAACUGCUUGUGUCUAUGGAUCAACAUUUUGGCUAAACUAUUGGUCCAAUAGUAUGAUGGCUGCCAAAUAUUUGUCGGUCAACAAUGGCUACUAUUUGGGCAUUUUCGGUGCCAUCAUAGCCGGCCAACUAUUGACGCUAGUACUGAGCCGAUACUUUUUAGUAGUGGGCACCGUUAGGGCGUCCAACGUACUGCACGGUCAGCUACUAACACGUAUACUUCACGCGCCAAUGAGUUUUUUCGAUACAACACCCGGCGGUCGUAUUGCCAAUCGUUUCAAUAAAGAUAUGAAUAUAGUUGACCAAAAUAUGCCAACAUAUUUCAACCAAACAUUUGAAUAUAUAUUCAACGUAUUAGCCAUACUUUUGUCAAUAUCCAUACAGACGCCUAUAUUUUUGGCACCAUUUAUUGUUAUAGCAAUACUGUAUUAUGUGUUACAGUUUGUUUACAUCAAAACUUCGCGUCAAUUAAAACGAUUAGAAUCGAUAACCCGAUCGCCAAUAUAUUCACAUUUUGGUGAAACACUGACCGGUGUGUCCAGCAUUCGGGCCUACGAUUGUGUCGAUCGGUUUCUACGGGAGUCCGACCAUCUAAUAGAUAUCAAUCAGAUGUGUCUCUAUCCUAAUAUUGUAGCCAACAGUUGGCUCAAAGUUAGACUACCAGUGCUCAGCAAUUUUCUUAUAUUUUUUGCCUCACUGUUCGGCGUACUAGCAAAAGGUCGACUAUCGGGUGCCGACUUAGGACUGUCCCUAUCAAACGCCAUCUCAUUGACCACUAUUAUGGAAACGUUUAUCACUUCGUUUUCAUUGACUGAAAACUAUAUGGUUUCUGUUGAAAGGAUACGCGAGUAUUGUUGUCUUCCAUCGGAAGCCGAUUGGCAUUCAGGGUAUCCGUUGCCCGAUAACUGGCCCGACAGAGGAUGCGUACGAUUCGAUGGAUACGGCACUCGAUAUCGGGAGGGAUUGGAUUUAGUUCUAAACAAUGUUUAUGUCGAUAUAAGACCCGGAGAAAAGAUCGGUAUAGUUGGCCGAACCGGUGCCGGAAAGUCAUCGCUAACUUUGGCUCUGUUUCGACUCAUUGAGCCAGCAAUGGGUCGCAUUGUCAUCGAUGAUACAGAUAUUGGUCAGUUAGGUCUACAACAGUUGCGUUCGCGGCUGACAAUCAUACCACAAGAACCGGUACUAUUUUCGGGUACCAUUCGCUUUAAUUUGGAUCCGUUUGAUCGCUUUACUGACGACCAAUUGUGGUCAGUGCUCGAGCACUCGCAUCUCAACGAGUUUGUCAAGUCUACAGAUAUGGGACUCGACUAUCAGGUCGACGAAUCUGGAGAUAACCUAAGUGUUGGACAACGACAGCUCAUAUGUCUGGCGCGGGCACUGCUCCGUAACACACGUCUGCUGAUCCUCGACGAGGCCACGGCUGCCGUCGAUGUUGAAACCGAUGCACUUAUUCAGCAAACUAUUAGACAAGAGUUCAAGUCGUGUACUGUCCUAACAAUUGCUCACCGAAUCAACACAAUUAUGGACAGCGAUCGGGUAUUAGUGCUAAACGAUGGACGGGUAGCCGAGUUUGCGUCACCCGAUGAGCUGCUCUCUAAUAGAACUAGUAUUUUCUAUUUACUGGCCAAAGAUGCCGGUGUUAUAUAA